UCCAAAUUAUUCCAACGGCUGCACCUCCUCCCUGACCAAUAGAGAUUGGGCGCAAAUAUCUCGAGCAGUCUUUCUCCAGAUCUGUGGGAGGGUCUUGCGUGUGUCAGUUUCGUUCCUUAGCAAUUUACUCACUUUAACACACUGCAGUAAGGGUGACAGGAGCGAGCACGGGAGAAGACAGAGAAGGAUCUCAAGCGCAGCGGUGAUCAGAGCAAUGGCAGCCAUCCGGAAGAAGCUGGUGAUCGUGGGGGAUGGAGCGUGCGGGAAGACCUGCCUGCUCAUCGUCUUCAGCAAAGACCAGUUCCCCGAGGUCUACGUGCCCACCGUGUUCGAGAACUACAUCGCCGACAUCGAGGUGGACGGGAAGCAGGUGGAACUGGCGCUCUGGGACACAGCGGGCCAGGAGGACUACGACCGCUUGCGACCACUCUCCUACCCCGACACCGACGUCAUCCUCAUGUGCUUCUCCAUCGACAGCCCAGACAGCUUGGAGAACAUCCCAGAGAAGUGGACCCCGGAGGUGAAGCAUUUCUGUCCCAACGUCCCGAUCAUCCUGGUGGGGAACAAGAAGGACCUUCGUAAUGACGAGCACACACGGAGGGAGCUGGCCAAGAUGAAGCAGGAGCCAGUCAAGCCUGAGGAGGGCAGGGACAUGGCCAACCGCAUCAGCGCCUUCGGCUACCUGGAGUGCUCGGCCAAGACCAAGGACGGCGUGCGGGAGGUGUUCGAGAUGGCCACCAGGGCGGCGCUGCAGGUGCGCAAGCGCAAGAAGAGGAGCGGCUGCCUGUUGUUGUGAGGGGCGGGGGGGAGCCAGGGGAACAACGACGCUGCCACCGCCGCCAGCCAACAACUGACGACACAAAACCGAGAGGAGUAACCUUUUACCAAAUGCCAUCUUUGUACUGUAUCUCACAUUUCGCUCGGCCAAGAGGAGGGAAACGGAGAACGCCAACACACAUCCAAAAGUAAGAGAAACGGGGCUGUAACACGGGUUCGAAAUGGACAUUACAAAUUAACUUUUUCUUUUCUUCUUUUGGCACGAUGGGUCUUUUUUAUGUUGUUUUUUCCACCAGCAUAUCUUCCUACGUAUGUAACAAAAAGAAGCUUAUGUAUGUAUGUAUGUUUUUAUGUAUGUGCAUAUAUUUGCCCCCCCCGUACUUCCAUGCUGUGCAUCCCUUGAUUUAAUUUACAUAUAUGAAUAUGGGGAAAAAUGACCCAAUCUAAAUCACAUGCCAUAACUAUUAAAUCACUGCAUAUGGUGAGAAGACGAAAACGUGGAGAAUGAGUCUGUGGCUGUUUCUGAUACCUGCAGUCUACACACGUCUACAUACCUGUGCCCAUAUACUGGGGGUGGGGCCUCUGGGUCUGAAUGAAUCACAGAGCAGUUUGUGCUCUGACGGGCCUCUUCAGGCAGGUGAUGUCCGGGUAUCCACAACCGUAACUUUGACUGGCACAUUUAACCCUUCCUCUGCCCGGCUGCUGUGGCAGCACAGGUGACCGUCUGGUUGUGCUAAUACUGAAGGAGGGGAAGAGGUGCGCCCUGCUUGUGCACAAAGUCAGCCAGUCACCCGGUUUCUGUACAUCUGCAGAAGGGAUGCCUGCCCUGAAAUCAGCAAUGCCAAAUUCCACACCUCUCUAUUCAUUCCUUUAUUAAACUCCGCUGAGCACAGUGUCCGUGACAAACCGUACGCGUUUCCGUGACCUCAGAUUAACGCGUUUCAGGCAUGAUUCAAAGGACAGAAAAGCUGAUCAUAGAUUGGUAAAUGCCAGAAAAGCAGUAGAGAGCCAUGCAAACGGGAGGGGACUAACAAGACAAAGUUGCUGGGAGUAUACGAGUUUGUUACAACAGAUGCCAGAAGAAAUUGAUUUGAUGGUUUGACGUGAUUGGUCUGAGGGAGGAAGAUGGGACCCAGGCUGCCGAUCUACUAAUAUGACCCUUUGACAUCACCCCUCAGUAUGCCAACAGAAGCCCCCUGGUGGUGUGAUAUGGCAGUGCGCCCCAGGCCAUUGAUCUGUUUGCGCAAGGUUAAUCACCACAACAGCCGCAAAUUAAGCAUGGCAAUCAAUGUAAUCUGAUUCGCAAAUGGCCCUUCCAUGCCGCUUGCCCUGCCCUGUGCCACACGGAUCAAUCUUCCUGGCCCUGGCCGCAUUCACGCAGCCAGAGAUAACAUCACUUUCAAAGACGGUCAAGCGAGAAGCCAGGGCAGCAGUGAAAUCUGAACCGUGGCUCAGGCGAUGUGGAGCAGUACGAUCCUGACCUUCUACCCCCAACUCUCUUAUUCAACACAAGCUCAAGAACGCAGGCAUGUAGGUCCCAGGUGAAAAGGAAUGAAAGAAUGUGGUUAUCUAGAUACCAGCCGAAGCUGCCUUACCUCCACAGUCCCAGUACAGUGGCCAGUGUGGGCCGGCAGGAGCCCCUUUCAGCAAAUUCUGCCCAAAGCACUGAUCCACUGAUCCAACCCUUAGUCAGUAACCCCAAUUGUUAUGUGAAAAAGGCAUAGACUGAUCUUGGGUCAGUGCUUAGUGAAUGAAUACUUGUGCUAAAUUGGGGUCCCUGUAGGUGUUUUUCAGUGCCUUCCUGGUAAUGCGGCCUUCCAAGUGAUGAUUGACAGCCGACCCUGGGGGUUGGGUCUUCAGCUUCUAGAGAUUGCAGCCCUCAAUAGCUCAGUAAUGGAGACAGAUGAUGCGGCAAUUUCGAGAGCAGCAGCUCUGAGCUCAGCGUCCCCGAUCCUAGGUGUAUUGAUCACACCUUCAGCAGGUGAAAUGAGGCUUCACAGGCCAACAACCUGUUCCAAACAGAAAUAUGAUGAUCAAUAUUUAAUGAAAUGUAACCAACCAUCAAGGCAUCGGUUGUAAUGAUUGCCAGUAACCAGUGUUGUCCCACUCACCCAUCAAACUGAUGCAGACAGAACUUUUGACAUGACUGUGUUUAAGAGUAGUUUUGAUCGGUCACAUGUGAAAUGCUUUUUUCCCCAUCAAUACAGAGAAACCGAGAGGCCUGAGAAUCCCCACUAGCAAUUUUACACACAGCCCACCUCACAAGCUCUGAGCUGGGAAGAAAGUGACUCAGUAGGAUCCCCCCUCCCUAAUUCAUAAAUGUUAUUGCCACCAAAAAGGCGGUAUUGAAUGGUGCAUUUAUUUCAAAUGUUAAAAAUUUUAGAACUGAGGAUCUUUGUUUACGAUAAAACAGACCUGCAUUUUCAGAUCCUUGCUAGCUAUUAUGCAGUUAGCCACUGUGCCACAUGGCCAUUGGCUGCCAGCAUCCCUCAAGUGUUGGGAGUGUGGUAAGUGGCUGAGAUGGAUCUAACUGGGUACACACAGGUAUAAAAGCCAGAGUUCUUAGAAUUGUGGGCAGUUGUGGAAUCUGGAGUGUAACCGGCCAUUUCUGUGUUCCUCAGCUAAUCCUUUGUCUACAGGAACGUUAGUGGUGUAUUUGCCACAUAUUUCCACCAUAAUAGUCAGUUUAAUAUGCCCUGUGUCUGCAGCCAUGAAUUAGAGCAGCUGCCUCAGCUACCCUACGGUUGUUCCAGAUGCUCUUUCGUUGUCCCUCAUUUGCCGGAUCUCUACCUUACCAUUUUAGACUUUCAAAGUGUUUGCAUUUUGGCCGCGCAGUAUUGACACCCUUGUCAUUCCUUCUACCUUGUUGAUCUAGCCCAACCGUGUGUCUGUGCACGUGACAAUGGGCAGCACAAUGUAUUGUGCGCUUUACUUGCAUAGAGGUAAAUUGUAUGAAGAAGUCUGUGUGUAAAGAUUUAUAAGAUUCAUUAAGAAAGGCUCUUAUGUGCAAGAAGCCUUGAGUUAAACAGUCCUAACUCCAGCCAGGUUUCUGAAAGGUUUUGUCAGAUUAACAGGUACAAAAGCUUCAGCCACCAUUGCAUUCCUUAUAGACUGUCCUGUGUUCAUGCCUGCGAUUGUCUGGAAGUAAUGAACUACCUGUAUCCUGUGGUAUACUAUACAGUUUACUUGUACCAACAUGAUCUGUGCACAGGUGGUACUGCUGUUCUGAGUACAGUUUGUGACUUGUAUAGAGAUGGCUACAGUGAUAGCAGGCAAACACAAGGCUCCACCACACUGGUACCUCAACCACAAGGGGGGAAACAAAUCAAUAGUUUGAAGUCAAGCGCCACAGUUUCGGCCUUUGUGUCUUGUUCAAUAUUAAUUCCAUUUAAGCACCUCCAAAAAAAAGAUGUAUCACAGGAAAAAUGAUGUUGAGUUUCGAGAAAGAACACUGUCUUUAAGAUGUUGAUGGCUGGAGAAUGGAUGCCAAGUGCAACAGUCGCCCAUGGUCAGAGGUCAAUGCUAUUUUAGGGUUCUUCAAGGAAACGGAUGACAACAACCAAAAGUGUUACCCUAAAAAAAUAAACAUUAGGAACAGACUGUGGGCGUAAUGUCCUUUUUCCAAUGCAGUACACUUAUCACAAAGAAUGUAAGGAUUGCUCUGUGAACCAGCAGAUGCAUAUCAGGGGGUCACUGGAAUGGAAUGCUGGAGCGUUGUGGCAUUGUGAUGAGACAGAACUGCAGGGAAAUUGUACUGAGUGCGGAAAGGGCUGCUGAGACAGAAUUUCAGAGAACUGAAUCUUGCGCAAUUCAUUGGCAACAUGGCCAAAAGCAGAAUGGCCGGAAAAGCAAGGCAUUCUGGGAUACAUUUAUUCAACCUUAAUGGCCAAUCAUCAGUGGAGCAUGUAUACCGUAACAAAGUGUUUUGUGUGUGAGAAUCCCAUUGAUGUCCUACAAUGCACAAGAUCUGUACUUCUUUCUAUAUAAGAAUAUUCUUUUUGUAUCUUUCAUUGUCUGCAUGGGCAAGUCAUGGUGUCUACAGGGCUGCCCGUUGCCCUUGGAGACUGUUGGCGAGCAUCUCCCGCUCAGUGUCCUACACUUUUUUUUAUUUGUUUUGUUGCAUUUUUUGUUUUGUUUCUUUUCCGGAACAAUUUAAAACCGCUACAGUAAUCGAGAUUUCUAUAAAUGCUGAUUGUCAUAAUGCUUUGUA